CAAAACCCAUAAACAAAACAACCAUCUGAUCACACCUAAUCAGCAAGGUCUUGAUUCUCAUGAAAAAAUGGAAUUAACUGCUCAAUCUGCAUCCCAUCCAAAGCUCCCAAGCUGCUCAACUCCUCUUUCACCUUCCUUCUUAUGUUCAAAAGCUUCCUCUUUUUCUUCCAAACCUGUAAUCCCUUUUCAUUCCUCCAAGAACCAUAACACUCAGCUGAAAUUUGUAAGAAUCAAAGAAAGGAAGCAAAGAAAUGCUGGGGCUGUGUUUGCUUCUGAGGGUGAAAGCACUUCUACUGAUGUUGUUGAAAGAUGGCUUCUUGAACCUGUUGGUGAUGGAGAUUCAAGACACUUAGGUUAUAAAGUUGAUAUGCCAGGCGCAAUUGAAAUUGUUUCAAGUGAGGUGACUGUUGGCCGUCUUCCUGACAAGGCAGAUGUGGUGAUUCCAGUUGCAACAGUAUCCGGUGUUCAUGCCCGCAUUCAGAAUAAAGGAGGCAGUCUUUUGGUCACGGAUUUGGACAGUACUAAUGGGACAUUCAUUGAUGACCGGAAACUGAAACCUGGAGAUGUUUCUACUGUGCCAUCUGGAAGCCUCCUUACAUUUGGUGAUAUUCAUCUGGCAAAGUUCCGAGUCUCUAAGCUUGAGAAUGAGGGAGCUGCAAGCAAACAGGAAGAAUCUGCUGAAAAAUCAGACUGAUACUACUGCUGGUGAGAGUACUGAAACAACAUAAAUAAAAUUGAAGGAUCAUGUUGUUGCGGUACAUUUGAAUAAAUUCAAUUUCCAUUAGAAUUUCAUCUUUUUAAAGUUCUUUUCA